UGUAGUGAAUUGAGAAAAUUGAAAGAAGAUGUUUGUGGUCAAAUUAGUUAAUAGUGUGAAAAAGUUUUAUAUUCUGCAAAAAAUUUGAUAUUUAGUGAAUACAUUUGAUGUUUUUGUGGUUUUUUGUGAUGAAGUAUAUUUACUACUUGCAUUCGUACGCUUUUCAAACUAAUUGGUGCAAGUGAUCACUGGCGCCGAUUAGCAAGAAUGAUCGCUAUGUUCCUGGUUCGCCGAUAUUUCGCGAUGAUUGUAAAACCCCGCCGAUAACACCUGCCCCACCAUCGACGCCCAAGAGUCGCGGUAAAGGUGUUGGUGCGAACAACAUUCAUGCCAUGACCGUUUCGGUGGCGCAAACAACACAAGGAGGUUCCACUAUUACCGCCACCACAAAACCGUGCACCGCUUCCAGCUGUUACGCUUCCACACGUUCGGCCGCCAUGAUGGCACUCGCAUUGGGGCAUCGACCGAAAAGUCCGGCUGUAACAAACACAAAACCAACAACAACAGCAGCAGCAAAGAGUGCAGACAAAAACAACAUUGCGAACAGCAUUCACGCACCGUUGACCAAUCACCAAAGCAACAGCAACACCAACAAUUCGCACUAUAGCCCUCCACCUGUGGGCAUUCAUAAUAAAUCUCCAAAUACCAAUCAACGCAUUGCCAGCAACAACACCGCUAACAAUCGUCACACCACCGUCGCUGCAGUGGUGCAUAUGAAUGGUGGCACCGGCAUCAAUGCCGGCUUUGGUAGUGGUGGCAGCGCCUCAAGCGGCUCGGACAAUGAUGGCUUCAACACUUCGUCAUCGUCGUCGGCCACGGCGUUGCGUCGUUUGUACUUCAAGAGUGGGCGUAAAUCAAAAAUGAAUUCCACCGCCACCACUUCAAUGACCAGUAUACCGUUAAAUGCCAUUUCCACGGCAGCUGCUGCAUUUCACACGUCAAUAAGUGGCGCUUUGCCACCGAAAGCUGCCGCCGCCGCAGCUGUACCAAAGGUUGUCAUAAUGGGUUCCUCGUCAGCAUCCAUCACCGAUGGCAACAUCAAUACAUCAACGGAUUCAGCAUCGACGCUAGUCACAAGCGUAACACACACAGACACAUCGGAAACAUGCGAUUCACUGGAUUUGGGUGAUAAUUCGGGCCAAAGUGAACCGUUGUUCAGUUCACUGGAAGAACCACUGUUGACCGCCAUACAAAUAGACUCUGAACAUGAAAAUGGCACCGAACUGGAAUUAACAAGUUGCAACAUGUACAAUCGACCGGAUAUGAAUGUACAGGACAGCACUGAGAGUCAAGAGUCUUCACUGUCCAUUCUCACUAUAGAGCCAUCGUCUACCACACCGCUGCUUGCCUCGCAUCGCCGGCAACAGAGCAACAAAUGCGGCACGUCCGCACCACCCGCCUCCAAGCUAACAGCCACUACCGGCAGCAAUGCGACCGCCAACAACGGUAAAGAGCGACUGCCGAAUACUGCACCGGCGCCCAGUAGCGGCACUAAACACUUCACAUUCGAUCCACCAAUAUCGCCGAAAUCGGCGCGCACAAGCGAAAAGUCACGCACACACUUCAGUUUCAAGGAACAGCACACACACCAGCCGAUACAGCAGACACGUCGCGGCAGUAAUUGGGAAGAUCAACGUGUGCAUACGACCAAUUUUAUGGAGGAACGCAGUCCAACAGGUGGACGACGCGAUAAUUCACCGAAUCGCAGCAAAUAUCGGGCUUAUGCGGCACAGCGGCAUGCGGCUGCAGCUGCUGUAGCGCAAGCUUACUAUGAGCAGCACCAAUUGGCCGACGAUGAGGAGUCCUUGGAGGGCACGCGUAGCAAGAAGUCACGUUCACGCGAAACGAGUGGCAGUACACGUCAGCGUUACGCGGCCGCUGGCGGUGGUUCGGCGACUAGUCCAAAACGCGAACCACGACGUUCACCCUCCAGUUCGGCACCGCCCACCAUGAAAGAGGGGCAUUUCUUUGCUAGUAGUGGCGGAAAGCCGAAACAAUUAUCGCCAGCGUCACAGCAGCGCAAGUACUCGUCCAGCUCCUCGUCGGGCGGCAGCGAGCGUGGACGUGAACGUAUCAAGGAUUCCACCAUGUUUCCAUUCGAUCGUGAAGCUAUAGACUAUGAGCGCAUACAGCGUGAAUGCUUUGCAGUCGAUGAAAAUUCCAGUACGACAACUACGUCCAGCGACUCGGAUGACGCAGAACCCUGUUCGGUGUAUGAGCGCAAAAUGUCAGCACAUCAUAUAUCACCAAGUAAAACGGGCGAGGCCUUCCAGCAAUACAAGCUUUUGGCACAACAAGAACACCAACAUGGCGGACCGCAGCCGGUGGAGGCACAGACCAACGGACCACCGUCGCGCAAGAAUUCGAAACGUAUCCGACCUAGUUCCGUAAUACACGCGACGAUCCGUGAAAGUCAACCAUAUGUGCCGCAGACGGAUGCCUUCUAUCCGCAGCAGAAGGUCAAACAACAAUCGCCGAGUGAAUAUGCGACGAUCGGUGGUGGCAGCGGUGUCGGCAGUAGACAGCAUUCACCCAAAUCUUUUGCUGAGCUAAAUAAGUUCGAGGAGAUUGCCUCGAAAUUCGAGCAGAUUCCACCGAAACAACAGCCGCAUGCCAAGACGCUGGCGGGUGGUAGUCCAUCCGGCAGCAAUAACAAUGCGUUGAUUGGCAGCACACUGCAGGCGACAAAUGGCAGUGCCAGCAACAAUAAUGCAGGCGGCAAUAUUGUCGCGGGUGCUGUGGCGCCGACGUCCAGCCCAACCGGGUCAAUGCGCGGCACGAUAUCACCGCCGAUGCCAAAUUUACGUGUCGAUUUCUUUGCCGAAUCGCAAAUGAUGCAUCCGCGGAAGCGUUCGUCGAAGAAGAAACAGUGCGCAGGAAAAACAGGCGCGCCAAAUGCGGCGCACGACCAUUUGGAUGAGAGCCAACGGGGUGGCGGUGGCGGUAUGCUGCUGACAGCUGGAGCGGUAGGCGUUGGCGCUGGGCCCAUCAACGUCACCUCAAAUCCAAUGGAUGUGGCGAUGAAUACACCGCCGCGUGCCACCAUUGUCGUGCAACAACCGUCCUUGAGCUUAGACAACACCGUGGAAACGUUGCUUAUCAAGAACGAAGGUGAUUUCAUCAGCGUCGAACAGGGUAAAGAGACAUUAACGGCAACUGGUGCAACAGCCGGCACAGCAGUGGCGGCGCACGCACGCAAACGCAACUCACAACAGUUGCAACAUCCACCACAUCACCCGGCCGCACAUCAUCAACAUCAGACAGCUGCGCAACAGCAACAACAACAGAAACGUGAUGAAAAUAUGCGACAAUUGUUGGAUGUAACGAAUACGUUGACAUUCGAGGAGUUGCGUGAUUUUGAAAUGCGUUACGGUUCACCACAUCACAGUCGUUCGCAAUCGGUUAAAACACCAGGAAGUCGUGCGUCAGGACGUCCCAAUCAGUUAUGCUUGCCACAACAGCGUUCACGCGUCGCUUCAAUGCCAAAUACUGGCGUCGAGGAGGAGUACUAUAGACUGAGGCAUUUUUCCAUCACAGGCAAAGGUGUAGUCAAUCGCGGUGAUUCGCUCAAGAGUCGACGCAGUCGUUCCAACAACAGUGUAGCCAGCUCCAAUUCGAGCACGGAGCACUUGACUGCCGCCCAAAUACCAGCGCCGAAUUCGGCGCGCACAUCUGCCACCUGCAGCUUGGCAUCCAGCCGCGAGAGCAGCACUUCAAAUCCAGGCAGUGGUCCAUACAGAGUCCUGAUGCUCGGCGGCCCGGCUGUUGGCAAAAGCUCUUUGGUCUCACAGUUUAUGACUUCUGAGUAUUUGCAUGCCUACGACACAAGUAUUGAUGAUGAAUCUGGCGAGAAAUCCGUCUCAGUAUUACUCAGCGGCGAGGAAUCCGAAUUGAUUUUCAUUGAUCAUGCAUAUACAGAAAUGAAUCCCGAUGAUUGCCUAUCCAGUUAUGAUCCACAUGGUUAUUGUGUCAUUUAUUCGGCUGCUGACCGCAGCAGUUUCACUGUGGCCGAGCAUGUGUUGCAAGUCUUAUGGACGAAUCAAAAUAUCGCACAAAAAGCUGUCAUUUUAGUGGCAAAUAAAGCCGAUUUGGCGCGGAGUCGACUGGUCACAUCCGAUGAGGGCAAAGCCAUGGCCACCGCCUAUGAUUGUAAAUUCAUUGAAACGUCAGUGGGCAUAAAUCACAAUGUCGAUGAGCUGCUGGUCGGUUUGUUGUCGCAGAUACGUUUGAAAUUGGAAAACCCGGAAAAAUCAAGGGAUCUAUUCCGUAAGCGUUCGAUACGUAAAUCGAAGCGUCGCGCCUGUUCGCCACUUGGUGGCGCCUGUCUCACCGGUGGCACUAACCCCAACACUCCGUUGGGACCGAUGAAUAAUGUCAUUUCCGAUGUCAAUACACCGCCCGGCAGUGCACAAAGCAGCCCCCGCAAAUAUCGUGGCUCCCGCACAUCGACCAGCCUAAAGGUGAAAGGUCUCUUGGGACGCGUCUGGGCGAGAGACUCCAAAUCGAAGAGUUGCGAAAAUCUGCAUGUUUUGUAAGCAGUCGCGUGCAUGUGCUAUUCGUCUCAAUCGUCUUUGUGCCGUGCAACGCGUGAAUGCUGUGUGUGAAUGUAUUGUGUUUCUCAAAUG